UUGCCCUUUUGCUCUCCAAUGCUCCAAUCAGCUCCAAUUUGCAAUACUGAACAAAGAAAUAUCGCAUCUUUUUUUUUUCUGAUGGAUAUUUUCGUGCUCUUCUGUGAAUCGCUAUAUGUUUAUUGUGAAUAUAUUUCUAAAUUAUUGUGUGUUUACUGAACAUAAAAUGGAUGUAAUAAAAAAUAUCUUUCGCUAAUUUGAGCAAGAAAAUAAAUUAACCGAUUUUUCUCGGAGAAAUAUUUCACCAUGAUUGCGAACGACGAUCAAUUUACGAAUGUCGUAGAAACAGAGAUUCUUGAAGGAGAACAGGAUGAUGUACUGGGAAAAUAUCCACCACUGACAAAGAAAAAAAUACAGAAAAAGCCUCGCUCAAAGGCAUUAGCCUUGAGAAUCAUGAAACAUGAUAUACCACAAGUCUCUAUAAAAUCUGCAUCUCUUCGCAUCGAGGAAUUAGCACGACCAACUAAACAACGUGCAUUGAUGACACUGAAAGAAAAAAUACCAAUAUUAUCGCCAACAUUUAUAAAUAAUCUUAUUAAAAUAAUUGAAGCUGAAUCUUGCUUAACUCCAGAAGAAGCGGCACAAACUCUUCACCGAAGAAAACGCGGAAAGAAAAAGAUAACACAAUUUUCACCAUUUAUGAAAAAAUGGGUGAAAGAGAUUACAGAAGAUAUUACACACGCAACAAUGCUAAACAAGGAUGCGACAAUAUGUCCAUAUUUGAUGGCUGAACACUUUGUCAAGAGCAUUCUUGGACAUCAAUGUGAAACGCGACAGAAGGAUAUUCGCGAAAUCGCGGCUGUGAUAUUUAAACGUUUAAUAUCUCUCGAUAAAUAUACGACAGAUGUUCAAAAUGACGAUCGCGCAACACAACAGUUGCGCUUUUUAGCAAAUAUAGUAGCUUGUUGGAUAGCUGAAAUACUUAUUGAAGUUGCUGAAAUCCAUAAAGAAACUCUGGAAGAAUAUUUUAAAAAAAGAGAAAUGAAAAUGAUAGAAGUGAAUGAUGAAUCAAAUAAAUAUUGAAAAUGAAAAUUGGAAGCAGAUAGAUCAGGAGGAAAAUAAAGAAGAAAGGAAUGAAGAAGUAGAAUGAGAGAAUGAGAGAUGAAGAGAGAUAAAGCGAAAAAAGAAUAAAUAGCAGAAUAGGAAACAAUUGAAAGAUGAUGAUAUCAAAAAUAAUUAAAAAAUUAUUAGUAAAUAGAAAAUGAGAUGAUUAGAAAAUAUUUUUGUAAAAUAUAGAUGAUGGAUUGGCAAGGAAAGGAAAUAAUUCAGAUAGAAUAAAAAAAAAAAAAAAUAAUGAUGUUGCUUGCAAAUCAUGAUUCUGAAUAUGGAUGCUGAAGCAAAUAUUAUUGAUAUUACUAUUGAUUGGAUAAUACUGGAUUGAUUAAAAUAAUAUGCCAAAAUAAUUAUUUUAUUUUAUAGUUUUUUGUUCUAGUCAUGUCAUUAAAAUAGAAAUUUACUUUAUAAAUGUAAUUUUGAAAAAAAAUUCUAAAAAUAAGUCUAAUAAGAUGCACUCUAUUUGACGCUAUUUUUUUGCUUUGAAACAAGAUUCAUUUUCGAUAUUAAAAUGAGAAAUAUAGAAAAUACUUUUUCGAAAUACAAUGAAUAGACAAAUAAAAUGGAUGAUUCAUACAGAAUAUAAAAAAAAAUAAGGAUGAAAAUUGUGUUAUCUUUGAUCAGUAUCUUUGAUUGGUCGGUUAAACAUUAUAAACCAAAAAUAGCAUCAUAGUACAUUUGACAUCUGACAAUUAAAUAUAAAAAUCAUUAUAUUUUGAGAUAAAGCGACAAGAAUAAAAUGUAAAAAAAUACAAUAAAUGAAGUAAAUUUUCUUUGGAAUAAAUAAUAGGAAUAUAGACAAGUGUUUAUACUACCAAAUUGGCAAUUUAUUGUUUGAUCACAACAUUUCGACCAUAUGGUUUUGGUCCUUAUCAAGUAAAAGUUAUAAUUAAAAAGUAGAAUAUAUCCCUAUUCUUAUGUUUAAUUUUAAAAUGACACAAUGUCAGUUUGACAUUUCGAUUUUUCUUUCUACUUUUUAAUUAUAACUUUCACUUAAUAAGGACCAAAACCAUAUGGUCGAAAUGUUGUGAUAGAACAAUCAAACAAUAAAUUGCCAGUUUGGUCGUAUAAACACUUGUCUAUUAAUUUAUCUACUGGCGACAUUUUAAAAUUAAACAUAAGAAUAGGGAUAUAAC